AUGAAGCUCCUUAACGUUGCAGGCGCUCUUCUCUUUGCCAAUGCGGCUCUCGGCGCCCGCUUUACAGAAAGGCGCCGGGCCAGACUGGCUCAGCGUGCUCCCGGCAGCGUUUCCCGUACGGGCUUUGGCCAGCCGCUGAUUGCAGCCGAUGGACUGGACAUUGACGAAGAUGCCGCCACCAACGGCACAGCCGAUGUUGACUACAGCUCCAACUGGUCUGGCGCCGUCUUGAUCAGCACUGGCUACAAGUCUGUGACUGGCACGUUUGUCGUUCCCACGCCCAAGGCGCCCACCGGCGGCUCGUCCUCUACUCAGUACGCCGCCUCUGCAUGGGUUGGCAUUGAUGGCGACACAGCGUCCAACUCUAUCCUCCAGACAGGCAUAGACUUCUAUAUCGAGGACGGCGAGGCGUCGUACGAUGCCUGGUACGAAUGGUACCCGGACUACGCCUACACCUUCUCUGGCUUUUCCAUUUCGGCCGGCGACACGAUCACUGUCACCGUAACUGCUUCGAGCACAUCUUCUGGCAAGGCUGUCAUCAAGAACGCUAGCACCGGAAAGUCGGUCACGCACUCUUUCAGCAGCGAGUCCAACACUCUAGAGGAACUGAAUGCCGAGUGGAUUGUGGAAGACUUUGAAGAGGAUGGUGGUCUGGUUCCCUUUGCCAACUUCGGUACGGUGACCUUUACAGAUGCUACGGCGAUCGGGAGCGAUGGAACUGUGGGACCCGACGGUGCCACUCUCAUUGACAUCCGUCAGAGCGGCAAAGUCCUGACCUCCGCCUCCCUCUCUGGAGGUGAUGUCGUUGUCAGCUACGUCGGUUAA